ACAUUGUAUAACUAUUGUGUCCUCGCACGUCAGUGUCGCAACUGCGGUCGUUGUCGGCUCAAGUACUACAGAGAGGCGUUCCAGGUACCUUUCUGUGUACACAAUUUAAUGCCUUGCAGCAUUUACGGCGCUGAAGUGAGCACUGUGCAAACAACAUACUUACAACAAAAUGAACACGCCACUGAAUUUACGUCACAGCCAAACUCAACCGGUUUCAUUGAUCGUGAAAGUAGGCAGUGCUCUCUCGAUAUACUGCAAGGCUAGGAUAUAUCGGGGUAUAAACAAAGAUACCUGGUGUCCUAUGUAAUUGUCGGAUACAUUUUCUUGAUAUAUUUUACUCCUGUGAUUGAACAAUUUUGCUGACUGCAAGUGAAGAAUGCGAAUCUUGCAGUCGAACAGAAGAAAAGUACAAAAAUAUAUAUGGUUAUUUAACCGUACUGUUAAUACAUGUAUGUAGGGCCACUAUAACCAACAAGAAAACACCGGAAAAAGAGGAGGCACUGCAUCAGCUCGCAAAAGCAGCAAACGCUUUGCUAAAUGCGGACGGUGGAAAGCUUUUGAUACACGUUGACGGUCAGCAGAAAUGGGACAGAGACUUGGAAGUACUUGAUGAAGCUAUUGGGAAAAGAUUUUCUACUCUUCUUCAUGAUGGUUGUCAAUACUGUGACUAUUUUUCACGGGAAUGGUUGUCGAAUGUCGAGACGUUUGAAUAUGCGGAUGACUUUCUGUUAUUCGGAAUUGCCAAAAUAAAUGGUGUAUCGACUUUAGAUAGUAAAACCAAGAUGCGAAAUGACUUUGAAAAUGUAAAUGCUCCAUGUGCUGUCAUCGCUACAAUACUGAAUGUUGUGGAGAUGAUGAAACGCAACACCCUUCAAACAUAGUUCCAUACACCGGUAUUGACGAUAUACCACUGCAUGAAGACAGAGCGACAGAAUUGAAAUCGUUUCCACCACAGGCAGCAGGUGCAACAGUUGAAAGUGUAACUAACUGCAUUUGGAAUGAUUUGAAACUGAAACACCAUAUCACUUCAAUGGCAAAGCUUCCGAGAGGUGGGAGAUUCUGUAUCGGCAUCUCAUAGACACCCUAUCCAGGAGAUUAUAAAACUAAGACACGGCAAAUAAAUGGAUUUCAUCUCCGCGUCGACAUAAAUGAAUUGAUACAAAGUCUAGACAAUAAAUUGAAAACGGACAUGUUAGUUUUAACUGGCAGAGGAGCAUUUAGGGAAGCACCUUCAGAUUUGAUAGCGGUACAUGUAUAUCCAAUUCAGGGUACAAACAAAUGUGUACUUAGUGUUAACAUAAACUAUUUUAAUGGUAUUGUGUUCCAUGAUAGGGCAGGACCAGAAGUUUACACAUUCAAAAAUGGAGAAAUGUGUCUCAUGUCCAAUGACAUUUGGUUACAAAGACUGCUGUCGUUUUCUCGUCAACCAAUAAGCACGCGUGGGUUGACGCACCGAUCGCCAAAUCAUCGCCUAUCUGGCAAUAUUGGUUCUUGUGCUCGUCACACAACACUGACAGAUAACGGACAGGGUAAUCCCACUGAUGUUGUCAAACUGGUACUCCUGGGGGUAACAGGAUCCGGUAAAAGUGUCACUGGUAACAACAUCCUCAACAGAGAGAUUUUCAACAAAGGUGUUUCUAGCAAGUCACAAACACGUCAAUGUCAGAGAGGUGAGGCCAAAAGAAAUGGGCGCGAGAUUCAAAUUAUUGACACACCUGGCAUGUUUGACACCAAUAUGACGAUAGGGGAAAUUGCCAGAGAGGUGGCCACGUGUGUUUGGAUGACGAUUCCGGGUAUUCAUGCUUUUGUCCUUGUGAUCAAGGUCGACCGCUUCACCUUUUCAGAUGAAACUGCUGUGGAAUCCUUUUUACAAAUAUUUGGAGACGCCAUGAUGGACUAUCUGAUAAUCCUAUUUACAAGGAAGGAUGACUUGAUUCACGAAAAUCUCACCAUUGAAGAAUUUAUUCAAAAAGUACCAGAUAAGCUGAAGGCUCUACUCCUAGCAUGUAAAAGCAGAUUUGUGUGUUUCAACAAUAGGGCACAGUCUGAGAAUGAGCGGGAUCAAGAUGUGCAAUCAUUACUCAAUGUAGUUGAUAAAAUGGUAUCUGCCAAUGGAGGAAAAUGCUACAGUAACUGGAUGUAUGUUUCCGCGGAGAGGAUUAUGAAGGACAGUGAGGAAAAGUUGAAACUGGAGCAGAUGAUGGAGGUUAAGAAAAUGAAAGAUUCCAUCAGGCGAAAGUGGAAGGAAAAACACGAAAAGGCUAAAGCUGAGACAUCUGAAAUUGUAGCCCAACUUCAACAGAGACUACAAGACUUGAAACAGAAAAGUUCAGAUGAUGCUAUGGAAACAUCAGAAAUACACACACUGAAACAAGAGAUUCUGGAUUAUAAAAGAAUGGUAAGAUUACACCAAAGAGAGUAUGAGGAGGAAUGUUUGCAACGAGAACAAGAGUUAGAAAAUACUAUGUAUUUGAAGUUCAGAGAAACAUUCCGAGAAGAAAUGGUAAAAGGGGCAAAGAUCAAUAUUCGUGAUCUGGAAACUGCAUUAGAAAUGUUUGCAACUGAGGUAACGGGUAUGUUAUCUACCAUGCUCGGGGUGAACCUCGAGCUACCAAGGAUUUGAAAUCAGUUUACAGACUUUCGAGUGUAUAGACAUCAAUGAAUGUAAUUACACGAGUGCUGCCCUGUGUCGCAAUGGCUACUGUUACAACAUGUACGGUGACUACAAAUGUAACUGUUAUCCAGGAUUCAUACCCCAUUUCCCUGACGGAAAGACAUGUGUUCGAAGACGAAUCCCCAUCCCCAUCCCAAACAACAACAACAACAACAACAACAUCUUCAAUAGCAUCCCAACCUGGUUAUGGCCUUUUCUCUUGAGGGGAGAAAUGUAAGAUGAAGAUCCCUCCCAACACUGCUGCAGUUAAUUAAUCAUGUUGAAGUAUACGGGCCAUACCACAAAAAGAAGCACGUCUAUCAAUCGGGCGUUAUAAACAAAUGUAAUACAUGUUAAUAAAACUUUUAAACAAGA